AUGGAACUCAUCAAACAUGAAAUGGCACACCUUCCGGCUUUCCAAGAUCUUCUGAGCGAGGAGGAGAUAUCCGAGGAAGUGUGUUUCAAGCUUGGUGAGACAUUUGAUGCAGCGAUGUCGGAGGAAGCUUGGGUACGACUUAAAGGCGCAUACGAAGCAAUGAAAAAGGACCACGGGGAAGAGAACGAGGUGGUCAGAGCUUGUAGGCUAAUUGAGGACACCGAGGCUGCGGAAGAGUUCACCCAGAUGAAAGCAUGCCUGGGGGCAGUGGUGCAUCCCGCAGGUCAGAUAUGGCCAUACAAGUUUGUCCACGCCCUGCUCCGUUUAGUUCUCAAGUCAGGCAACUUGAACCUGCAAGCACAUACGCCUGUCGAGACCGUCUCCGAGCGAGACGAGUCUGGUUGGAUCACUGUCAAGACGGCAAGGGGAGAUGUGCGAGCAAAGUCUGUGGUGCAUGCGACCAAUAGAUGGGCUUCUCACCUCUUGCCGGAGUUCGGCAAUCUCAUCUUUGGAAGCAGAGCGACUCUGGCGUCUGUCAAAGCACCAGAAGGUUUCAUUAAGCACACAGGAGCCCAACAUUGGGACAGUCUCGUGAAUAAUUAUCAUCUCCAACUCCCACCACCUUAUAACAGCAUCAUUGUUGGCGGAGCAAGGGCUCUUCUUGUCCACUCCCCUCAAGAGUGUUGCCCGAACGACGAAGAGGAUAAACAAUUCGACGGUGCUCCGGAGUUCUUCCAGUCCUGGCCCGACACGGACGUGGUAGGUUGGCCUGGCACUCAACCCGCAGAGUUAGCAAGGGAUGUUGACGAAGGGGGUUGUUGGUCGGGUAUUGAAUCAACAAGUAUCGACUCGUUUCCGUUUGUCGGUCGCAUUCCAAAGAGGGAUGGACAAUUUGUUGCGGCUGGGUUUUCGGGUCACGGCAUGCCCCGUAUUCUUCUCUCAACUGCUCACAUCACACCAUUGAUCCUGGACGAUCUGGGUAUCAAGUUCACUACCCCCUCGCUCGUUGCAGCAUACCCGCCUCUACCCAAACCAUUCGAGGCAACGGCCGACCGAAUCAGUUCUCUCCAAACAGUGGAUUCGGCUGCUAUUUUUGACAAAAAGGCCAAAGAUAGUCUUGAGAGCGCAGAGAAGCCAUUUUGUAACAACAUCGCGGGUCGCCCGAGGUCUUAG